AUGUCCACCCCACUCCUCCAAUUGAAAGACAGGAUAAAUAAAAAUAACAAAAUUAAUUAUAAAUCUGAUAACGGCGAUUACACUGAUGACAUCACUAAAGCUAUCUCCAUCGAAUUAGACACUCUCUACCCUCGCAACACCCCCGUUAAACUUACCGGUUACAAGGACGACGAGGAGUACCCACUCGACACGCUUAUCAUUGCCAUCUCGCUCAAGCACCUUCCAUUCAUCGAAUACAUGAAGCAAUCAAAGCACCUCGCUGUCGGUUUCAUUAGUGCUUUGGAUAGAAAGUCUGUAAUUGACUUCUUACUCUCUAAAUCUGAUAAGAAAAGGUACACAACAAAUAACCAGGAUAAGGAGAAGGUUAAGCGUAUUAAGUUGAAGGAGAUUGAGCUGGAUGAUAGGUUGAGCAGCUUGAGGGGUCAUAAGCCUGCCUUAUUUACCAAUCUACAACAGUCUAUAGCACAGAAGCUACAAUCCUAUAACAAGCCAUCCAAACCCGUCUCAAAACCCCAGCUCAAACCAAAGAACUUGUCUCCAAUCAUCAUUCUCAGUUCCUCACCAACCUCCCUCCUCACCAUGUACAACGUCAAGCCUUUCUUAUCCCAAGCCACCUUUAUCCCUUCAAAUAUCGCCAAAGAUAUGGCCAAAGAUAACCAACAGAGUGUAGAUGAUUUGAUUACCAUUUACAGGUCAAAACCCAAUGAGCAGACCAGCAAAUGGUACAUUAUCAACUCUGUAGAGACUCUCAACAAAUUUGGUCCUGAUGCCUGGCAGAGGGUCGUUUGCGUCGUAACCACAGGUCAAUUAUGGCAAUUCAAGCUAUACAAGUGGUCAAACCCCCGUGAUUUGUUCAGGAAUGUUAAAGGUGUCUACCUCCAUUACAGCAAUGAAUCUAUAAACUCAAAUAUAAAGGAUUGGAAUGUUUCUACCUUUGCUGUCGACAAGGACAAGCGACACACAGACAAAUCUCUCGUCUCCAACUUCUGGAGGCAGCUAGACAGCUGGAUAGCAACCAAUAAGCCUUUCCUAACCGUGUAG